CCGGGGCCGGCCCCGGGCCCAGCCCAGCGCUGUGCGGGAGCCAUGGCGGCCGUGCCUGGGGCCGUGCCGGCCGCCCCCGGGCCCCGCGCCGCUCCCGGCGCCAGCAGCCGGGCCCCGGCCGCCCAGGACGCUCUUGAUGUGGAUUCAAAUACUGACAGAGAGCAGACCCUCCCUCUACAUGGAGACGGUGACAACUGGAUAGACUUUUCCAAAACGUGCACUUCCAAUCAAGAAUAUUACUUGAAGCUAGAAGAGUUGAAGAAUGCCCAAUUGGAGACCAUGGCAAAGUUAGAAAGUAUGUAUCAGAAUAAACUCUAUUUAAAAGGAGUACAGCCCGUGGCCAGGAAAGAUGCUGCUUCUAAUGGGUGUUGCAGGCCAACUUGGGAGAAAAGCUCGUAUCAGCCUCUAAAUCUGCACAAAUCCUUCUCUGACUCUGACUUAAGUGAUCCCUUAGGCUCAGGUCUGUCUGGUGGGUCUGACAAAGAAUUAGCAUUUGAAGAAAACAGUAGUGAAACUGGAUCAUCAUCAUUUGCUAAGGAACGGAUUGAAAAAAUGUGGGAUGGGUUCUCUGUGGAAGACUACAUCACCCGAACCAAACACAGCUUACCAAGCUCACCAGCCUUCAGAACAACACCGAAGAAGCAGAAGGCGUGGUCACCAAAAGUUACUGUGCCCAAGCCUUUCCAGAUGACCAUUAGAGAAGCUAGAAAAAAAGAACAGAAUGUCAAAUCAAAGUCCCAGAUUGAAAUGGAAAAUAACUUACUGAAGAAGCAGCUGGAGGAAGAAGCAGAGUGUCAGAAAAAAUUCCGAGCCAAUCCUGUGCCCGCUGCAGUUUUUCUUCCACUCUACCAUGAAAUCAUACAAAGAAAUGAAGAACGCAGGAAGUCUGUGAAAGAGAGAAGCAAACUCAAGCUUUUGGCUUCUCAGAAGCCAUUUAAAUUCAUUGAAAGAGAGAAGCAAAGGAAUGAAAUUAGGAAAAUGCAAUUAAGAGACCUUUCCACACCUGAAAAGAAACCAAAACCAUUCAAAGCAAAACCAAUUCCGAAAUGCGUUUAUAGUCCAGCUGUUAAUGACAAGUUACAGGAGGAAGAGCUCUACAGAGAAAUCAGGAUUAGAAUGAGAGCUGAGGAGUUGCUGCAUAAUUCAUCCCUACCCACGAGCAGGCUGGCUUUAAAGAACACCAAUAAAAAGAAGAAACACAAGUGCAUCGAACCAAAGGAGACAGAACAUAAACCCAAGAUCAAACCAGAUGUUCCAGAUUUUGAACGACUCCACCAGAAAUUUCAGAAACGGCUCCUGCAAAAAAAACAGGUGAAACACCUUACAGUCUGUGAACCAUUUGAUCUUCGUACUCCACACAUUCCUUCAAACAAGGGGAAGAUUUUGAGGGACAUCCAAGAGGAUGAAGAAAGGUUGAAAGAAACACGCUGGCCAUACACCUCUCCAAGAUGUAAACCUCAAAUGAGAGGUGCAAAUUCACCUCUCUCAGGAUUUGGAGAAUCUAAAUCACCAAAAAUCACACAGUCCACCCAGCGAAGGCUACAGGCCAUCAGGAAUUCACUUGAGGAAAAGAGAAGGUUGGAAGAACAGCAAAAAAGGAACAGGACAAAGCAGAAACAAAGAACGAAAAAAAUGCAGAAAAUUGUUACAACUCGGGCUGAGGCCAAUGACCCACAUCAGAGCCUAGCUCAGAUGUCUAAAUCCAAAUUAAAAACAUUCAGGAAUUACGAGAAGCAGAGAAUGCAAGAAUAUUUGCAAGAGUUACAAGAAAUGGAAGAAAGAGUAAACCAAAGGCCACUGCUUUUGGAAAGAGUCACUCAGAAAAAUGCCAGAAUAGCUGCAGAAAAGCAUUAUUCUAAUACACUGAGAGCUCUGGGGGUAUGUCCAGAGUUUGUUUCAAAGAAAGGACAAACAACUAAAUUGCUAGAAUGCUCCAAUGCUGAAGAUUUUGGUCUUGAUGGCAAAGAAAGAGCCAACAAGGAUAAAGUGAAAGAAGGGGAAUUCUUCCGUUCAGCAGAAGCAGCUGACAUCAGCCCUCAGGCUGAGCAGUCCUGCGAGGAAGAGGAAGAGAAGAGAGAAGGCGUCAGAGCCUCCACCUGGGAGCGUGAAUCCAGUGAGGCAGAGGAUGAGGAGGAGACCAGAGCCAGCCCUCAUGUUCAGCAGCCUUGCCACACAGGGGAGGCCAGCCCCCGCUCUGACCAGCACUGUGAAGAAGAGGAAGGGGAAGCAAAGGCAGGCCUUCCACGUGACCAUUCCCUGGAGGAGGAGGAAGAUGAGGAGGAGGAGGAGAAUCAGUCAAGACCUAGCUCUCAGUCUGACCGGUCCCCUGAGCCACAAGAGGGUCAGUCCGACCCUGAAGCUGAGGGUGCCUUCGGGUAUGAGGAUGAGGAAUAUGAAAGUGAUGAUUCGGAAGAGAAAGCCAGUGAUGGUGAAGCUGACUGAAGGGCAGGCAGGCAGGACAGGCUGGUGCUCAGGAACCUAUUUCAUUGCUGGCGGUGAAAUAGACGCUAAAGAAAAACUUGUCUUCUUGCUACUGAUACGAAAUUUUGUGAAUUUAAAGCUCUUAGCUUAGCAGUCUUUUUAGCACGGAAACCUUGUUGAUUUUCCAGUAAGAGAGAUCAAGUUACUCAUUUCCACCAAGAAAAUUACUUUUAUAUUCAUCUUCUUUAUUCUAGACCUCUGUAAUAUUAGUGCAGUUCGGUUCAUAAAAUUAACACCAACCAGUGGUUAAAAAUAAUGUCUUACAUGCUGUGUUGUUAAGUACUGAGGUCUUAGCAUUUUCAGCUUUUCUGUGUACUGGCAAAGCCAGAUGAGAUUUUGGAGUAGUAAUUUGCUAUUAUCAAUGCCUCUCAGGCUCAAACAUCUUAGUCCUUUUGGGCUCUGUUCCUGCAAUAUCUUCUAGGAUGGCAAUGAACUGGCAAGGAUUUGUUGUGCAAGACCUCUCAUUGUUUUCAGCAGAGCAGCUGCAAGGAAGACAACUGCAGUUAGACAAAAUGGCCAAAUUCAUCUGUGCAGUUUCUCCCUCCUGCUCCCAGGGAGUUUGUUCUCUCCCCACUUAAGUGAGCUGAAUUGGCUCAGUGAUGGGUCAGAGGAGUGCCAGGGCCAGAAAAGAAGUGACUCCUUUUGGAGGAAACAAGCUGUUAGAUCAACCCAAGUGUUUUGUUCAGCUAAUAUACAAAGAGUGUCGCAGUUGCUGAAGGCUGUUCCUACAGAGAAGGAAAAAAGAUGCACCAAAAUACACUGAGAGGAGUCAUUUAAACUCUUACAUAGCUUUUUACUUUUUAACGGUUAUAGACAAGUGAGGUAGAAGAAAAGUCAGUAGAAUAUCUUCUACUUUCUCUUCUUUUGGAGACCAGACAGCUUCUGUGGUACUUCCAAAUGAAUGGCCUCAUCCUCUCUCACUAUGUGUAUGCUUCGUGUGAUUUUUUUUCACAUUUAUUAACUAAGUAGUUCAUUUAAUGUUGCUUUUUAACUUAGUAGAGUAGAGAAAAAAAACACGUUAUGCUACCAGAUCUUGUAUUACUUCCUAACCAAGAUAGAAAAUUGUGUUCUUUCACCUCCAUUUUGUUUUAAAGAGCUCUUCCUGUGAUCAUGUAAAAUAGUCCAUUACCAUAAUAACAAAUGCCAACAUUAAGUUUCUUUAUUGGGACAGUAAACGUACUUUAAAAAGAGAACCUUACAACUCAGCAACUGUAGUUGCAUGGAAGUCUGGUAAGGAAGUGCUUUAGUACCUUUCUUCACACACUUGUUACUCAGGACUUCAGCUACUACACAACAAAAAAUGCAAGUCAGUGGUUUUUUUGUUUUGUUUUUGUUUGUUUGUUUGUUUUUCCCCUCUAUUUAUAUCGCUGGUGGCUUCUCCUACUGUUACUGGCUUUCCUACUAACCUGUCAAAUGCAGUGUUAGGAAAGAAAAUAAAAGAAAACAUAUAACAAACCACAAAUUAAGGAUUUCAAACAAUCUUUCUCUGCUUAGUAGAGAACAGAGUAUAUGACUUUGCACAAGCACUAAAAACAUGUUCAUCAAAUAGUAAAUAUAAUAUUUCUUAAAACUAACAAGUUUGCAAAUGCAUCUGCAAUGACUAGGGAUAUGGGUUUGGUUUUUUGUUUGUUUGUUUUAGGUUGGGGAAGGGGAGUGUUGUUUGUUUUCCUCAAGUUUCCUUCCAAACUGCAUGUAAGAGCACUAGCUAAAUCUAUUAUUUCUUCCUCCAGACUUUGAGAAACUGUGUCCUAAUGUUUGGAUUUUUAUCUUUCCUUUUUUUUUAAUUUAUUUUGAAGUGUGGCCUAACUAAUAUGAAUUUUAAACUUAUUUGUUUUACUUAAAUAAAAUUUCUAUUGCAUAUUUACCUUAUAUUAAAAUAUUAAUCAUUGUUUCACAAUGAAAAUCAUAGUUUACAAUCAAGUUAUACUUGACAAUGCCACAAUACAAACUCAAGGUUGGUUUGCUUGUGGUAGUUAUUAUACGAUAAUUCUGAGAAGUUGUACAAUACGUUACU